UACGUAAAUCUAUCAUCUUUCGUUCUGGCCUGGUCCUAAAAGUAGAAAUCGAAAGAGCAAAAAGAUGCGCUAGCUCAGAGAAGGAACGUUUCACAGAGAGAAGCCCGACAUGGCAGCUCGCAAGAGAGCUUUAGCAGACGCAUCCGCCACAGAACACAAAUCUCAAGACCCCACUCCGACGGAGCCUCCAACUGCGCCACUAAAUUCAAAGUCGGGCUUCAUUCUGAAGCUCUCCCUCUUACUUUUGAGCCCAUACUUGUACCUCAUCUUCCACCACUACAAGAUCGACAGGGACCUCAAGAAGUCAAUCCUCGUAAAUGCGGGGGUCAGCCUCGCUGGGUUCUUCGUCACUCGUAAGAUGAUCCCCGUGGCUUCCAAAUACGUCCUUAGGCGCAAUCUUUUUGGCUACGAUAUUAACAAGAGGGGUACCUAUGGAGGCACUCUCAGAGUGCCUGAGUCAUUGGGUAUUGUUGUUGGAAUUGUUUUCUUGGUCUUGGCCAUCUUAUUUCAGUAUUCUAACUUCACAUCCGAUUCCAAUUGGCUUGUUGAGUACAAUGCAGCAUUGGCAUCCAUCUGCUUCAUGACAUUACUUGGAUUUGUCGAUGAUGUCCUUGAUGUCCCUUGGAGAGUGAAAUUACUGCUGCCAUCAUUUGCUACACUACCUUUGUUGAUGGCUUAUGCUGGGCAUACAACUAUUGUUAUACCAAAGCCUCUCAUUUCAUACAUUGGCCUAGAGGUUCUUGAUCUAGGAUGGAUAUACAAGCUAUAUAUGGGGCUUUUGGCGGUUUUCUGCACAAACUCUAUAAAUAUCCAUGCUGGUCUGAAUGGACUUGAAGUUGGGCAAACAGUUGUAAUUGCAUCUGCUAUUUUGAUUCACAAUAUCAUGCAAAUUGGAGCAUCUACAGAUCCUGAAUAUAAGCAGGCCCAUGCAUUCUCUAUUUAUUUAGUUCAACCCUUACUUGCGACCUCAUUGGCUUUACUUUCUUACAACUGGUACCCAUCUUCAGUUUUUGUUGGAGAUACUUACACGUACUUUGCUGGGAUGACUAUGGCUGUAGUUGGGAUUUUAGGCCAUUUUAGUGAAACACUACUGAUUUUCUUUGCUCCUCAAGUUUUGAACUCCUUAUCGCUCCCUCAGCUGUCGGGUUUGGUUCCAUGUCCACGACAUCGUCUCCCUAGGUUUGAUUCUAAGACUGGACAGCUAACUGGGACUAAUGAUGGGACACUGGUUAAUUUUACUUUGAGACUACUUGGCAGGAUGUCAGAAAAGUCACUUUGCAUUGUUCUUCUUCUUUUCCAGGCCAGUGCAUGCUGCCUCUGUUUUGUGCUGAGGUAUUACCUUGCUGGUUGGUAUAAAUGAGAUGGCAACGUCAAAGAAAUGGUCUUCUGGCCGUAAUGAUUAACAUCUGGAACACUUGCUCUUGAAUGAUAUUACCUGGUUUAAAAGAGUGGUUAAAAUUACGAAAUUACUGGAGUACAUCUUUCUUCUGGAGCACAAAUCCCCUACAGUUUCAACAGUUUUGGAGACCAUGCUAAAUGACAUUGCACUCCUGAGAUUAAUUUAUAUCAUCGUGAUCCAUCAAGAAGGAAGUUAUCUUUCUGGAAAGCCAAGACAGCAAGAGAUCAUGUUACUGCUCACAUGAACAUCUUUGUGUUAAAGAGUAUUGAUGAUGAGUUCCUAUAUUGUUAUGGUUUAAAAUUAAGAUUAGAGACGAAGGAUGAUGCAUUUCUAUUUCAAAAUUGAUGAAUAAAUUCUGCCUCCACCUUCUUGGCUAGAAAAUCCUGCCUAGUUGGUGUGGCAUUUAGUUUUUAUUAUUAAUGGGAGUGCAGAUCUUUGGGA